AUGGUUUCAGCGCUGCUCGCUUCUUUCUUCUUCGGCUUCAAUGCCUUUGUCGCUGCGUCAUGCCUCGCUUCAAACACAACAUACACCAACCCUAUACUCCCUGGCUUCCAUCCUGAUCCAAGUUGCAUCUUUGUCAAGGAGUGGGACAACACGUUCUUCUGUGCUUCUUCUAGCUUUGAGGCCUUUCCUGGCAUACCAAUUCAUGCCUCGAAGGACCUGCAGAAUUGGAAACUCAUCGGCAAUGUCUUCAACAGACCUGAACAAUUGCCAGAUCUUGCCUUCACGAACAGAUCCACCAGCGGCAUAUGGGCACCUGCAAUCCGCUACCACGAUGAUACAUUUUGGCUAGUGACCACGCUCGUCUUCGACAACAAGACUCAGAACGAUUCUUCAAGGUGGGACAAUAUCAUCUUCAAGACGCAAAACCCAUACAACCAGUCUUCUUGGUCAAUUCCGGUACAUUUCCCAUUUGAGGGCUACGAUACCUCUCCAUUCUGGGAUGAUGAUGGCAAGACAUGCAUGACUGGCUCACAUGCCUAUCGUGUUAGCUUCGGCAUCUGGCAAAAGACCAUCGACUUCGAAACAGGAAAACUUGGCCCGGAACCUUGGAUUGAUCUCUGGAAUGGCACAGGAGGUACCGCACCCGAGGGCCCACACAUCUACAAGAAAGACGGAUGGUAUUAUCUCAUGAUCGCCGAGGGAGGCACCGGACUUACGCAUGAGGAAACAAUGGCUCGUUCGAGGAACAUUAAUGGCCCUUAUACGCCUUACUCAAAGAACCCCGUCUUGACGAAUGCGAACACGACUCAGUACUUCCAGACAGUCGGUCAUGCAGACUUGUUCCAAGAUGCAGAUGGAAACUGGUGGGGAGUCGCUCUCUCCACUCGUUCAGGACCAAAUUACAUCACCUAUCCUAUGGGCAGAGAGACAGUCCUCACACCAGUCUCAUGGCCAGAAGACGACUAUCCAAACUUCGACCCCGUUCGCGGCACUCAAAGUGGUCCUUUGCCACCAGUAAAUAAAAACAUCUCUGGCCAAGGUCAAUUCGUCGACGAUGACGACCACAUCACCUUCGCACCAGGGACAUCGUUUCCACUCCACUUUGUUCAUUGGCGCUUUCCUGACCCUUCAGCUUAUGUCAUUUCUGCGCCAGGUCAUCUCAAUACCCUCCAGCUUUCACCCUCUCUCCUCAAUCUCACAGGCCACGAUGGUAUCUACACGGGCGGCGAACCGCAGACUCUGCUCGCUAGACGUCAAACAGAUACCCUCUUCACCUUUUCCGUAGACUUAGAGUUUACACCCACCACCAUGAACGAAGAAGCAGGCGUCACCGUCUUCCUGACUCAAGACCACCACAUGGAGCUCGGUCUUGUUUCUCUCUCCAACAACGGCACAUCAACACCAACCCUCCGUUUCCGCGCUAAGAGCAAUAUUCCAGUCCCACAGGACGUUCUCUCUCCAGUACCAGCGAAUUGGACCAGCGAUUUGCACAUGGAGAUCAAAGCGUUCAAUCUCACACAUUAUGCCUUUUCUGCUGGACCUGCUGGAAAGAUGAGUUUGAUGGAGACGAUUGCCUACGCGCCUGCUAGUCUGGUUAGCUACGGAUUCACCGGCACAUUGGUGGGAGUCUACAACACUUUGAACGGCGGUGGGCAGGGAAAUGGAACCAAAGCUUACAUCAGCAAUUGGAAUUACCAGGGGCAGGGUCAAUUCCUGGAUUGAGAUAUGAGAAAUCACGAUACCGGUUUACCUGUUCGGACAAACUAUGAGGCUCUCAUUGGUCACCUA